AUGGAUACUUAUUCUGGAAAUCUCUUAACCAAAUGUGUUCAGUUCCGAGAUGAAGAGCAGUUUAUCGAUGUCCGUUUAAAAGUCGGUAAAGAAACUUUUCCCGCUCAUCGCAAUGUGCUCGCUGCGUACAGCGAUUACUUCUACGCCAUGUUUGCAGAUGGAGUGAAGGAAUCGAACCAGGAAGUGAUCGAGCUGAAAGAUGAAAGCCUUUCACCACACGUCUUUAAGGUCGUUAUGGACUCCAACUACACCGGUGAACUUCAGAUCAGCAAGGAAAACGUGUUUGAAGUUCUUGCUGCCGCAGACUAUCUUCAAGUGAGGAAUCUUCUUCAACAAUGUUGUGAUUUCUUGUUGACUGAAAUUAUUCAGUCAGCUCGAUUUGAUGUGCAAAUGUAUUGUUGCGUUUGGACAAUUACCGAUAGACACAGCCUUAGAGAAGUUAAGGAGACCGCAGAUCACAUGAUGGCAUCCAUGUAUACAGAUGCUAGUGAAAGUGAAGAGUUCCUGUCAAAUAUCGACGCAGACCAACUACUCAGCCUUCUCAGUCGAGAUGACCUCAAUGCACCUUCGGAGACGUUCAUCUUUAAAUCAGUGCUGCAGUGGAUUAAACACAAGAAGGAGGAGAGGAUGGCAGUUGCAUCCAGAGUCAUCGGAGCAGUUAGUCUUGGUCUGGUGGACGUCAAGGUCGUAAUUGAAGAACUAGAAAAAGAAGAAAUGCAGCGAGAUCCUGAGAUUAACAAACAUUUACAAAUAGCAAUGAAGCGUCACUGCAUGCCUCACAAAUUUGCUGUGGAGGAAGUUAAACCGCGAUCGAUGAAAAUUGUUCUUGUUGCGUUUCGCUCAAAGGAAAGGUCAUACUGUUACAAGGCUGCUGACCAGGCGAUGACUCACUACUUUGAUGAGGAAAGUAAAGUAUGGAAACCGUUACAAGCUGUGCCAGAUGUAGGUGAAGAUGUUAUACGGUGGUCUAGUGCAGAACAUAUCGGAAAUUAUUUGUAUUUAGUCUCAGAUUCAUCAGACUCACACAUUUAUAGUUAUCAUGCAGUUACAAAAUCUUGGGAAAAACUUCCAAAGUUUAGCUCCUCCAAGGAAAUCCAUUGCUUAUGUUCUGUUGGCGACUACGUUUAUGCAAUAAGUCGAUCCAAUCCACCUAAGAUUUACAGUUUAGCUGACAACACCUGGCAGCAGGGUAAGGCUAAUUCGAAUUCAUUUGAACAUGAAGGGUUAGAUACUGCAGCAGCAGUCAUGAAGUCUAAGUUAUAUGUUAUGCAUGGGUUUUAUGAACGUGCUUAUGAUGUUCACUUCGUCAAUUAUUAAGUAAAACCUGCCAUAGUGCAGUGUUUUGACCCAACAAGAAAUGAAUGGGAAAAUGUCACCUCAACGUGUUAUCCUCACUUUGGAUCCAGUCUCUUUGUGGUCAGUAACAAACUGUAUGUGGCGGGGGGGAAAAGGGUGUGUAGUCAGCACGGUGAGCCGCGCGGUGAAGAUGCGCCGGUGGAAGUUUUUGAGGAGAAAACGAACAGCUGGUCUGUUGUAGAACAGAAACAUAUCCCCGCCAACAAUCUCGGUGCUGUGGAAAUAGAAGGGAGGGUCUAUUUUAUCAUCAACAAAUUUCCAGUCGACAGUGGGAUAAGAAUUCAACCAGAGGACACGCGCCAGUUUUAUCUUGAAGAAUGGAAAAACGUAACGACUGUAAAUAAGGAGGCAUUCCUGUGUUAUUUUCCUGUUAAAAACGAGCAUUUAACAUGA